GCACCGCACCCCCGGGUUAUCUGCAGCGUGACUGAGCGCAGGAGAAUCCUGCUCGGCCCUGCCGCAGGAAUUCUCUCUCUCUCAUCCCAAGGACAGUUUCCAGGAGCUGGGAAAGAUGAAAGGAAGAAAGAGGGGAUGUUCUUUAUCUUUAGCCUUUAUCUUCCUGUUCGCCUGGAUCAUCGGGCAUGCAGCUGCUGACUCAGAUGAUGACAAAGGGGAGGAUGACCCAGGCGCUGCUUUGCCACCGCUGAAACUUGGACAUUCGAUUUGUGCCCUGAAAGCAGACGAAGGUCCGUGCAAAGCAAUCCACAUGCGCUAUUAUUUCAACUUGCAAAGCCGUGAGUGCGAAAUAUUCGAGUAUGGAGGAUGCUACGGCAACGAGAACAACUUCCUAACGCUGGAGGAAUGUCAGGAGACRUGUGUGGUAACAGAAUAUCCUGUGAAGAGGAAGUUGGGAAAAUUUAAGAAAGAAAAGCCCAACUUCUGCUUUCAUGAGAAAGACCCUGGAAUUUGCCGAGGCUAUUUCUCCAGGUAUUUCUAUAACAAAGAGACCAAGAUAUGUGAAACAUUCAAGUAUGGUGGGUGCCUAGGAAACCAGAACAACUUUAAGAACUUGGAAGAAUGCCAGGCUACCUGCCAAAGCAGCUCAAAUUUAUUGCCAGUUGCUCCAACUGAAGAUCACUCAAACACUGUGAACAGUAGUUCCCCAGAAGAAGAGUCCAACCAAUUUCCUGGAUUUUUUGCAAAUUUAUUACCAACUGUUCCAAAUGAAAAGCAGUCCUCCAACAUCAUGAAUAGUAGCUUCCCAGAGGAGGAACGGGACCRGGUUCCCAGUUUUUUUGAUCCUUCCCCUGUCCCUUCUUUUUGCAUGACCCCUAUGGAYAGAGGACUUUGUAGAGCCAAAGAGAGAAGAUUUUUUUACAACUACGCAACAGGAAAAUGUCGGCCAUUUCACUACAGCGGUUGUGGUGGGAAUGAAAAUAAUUUCACCUCCAGAGUAUCMUGCUUGAGCAUCUGCAAGAAAGGAUUCAUUAAAAAAAGAAGUGGAAGAAGAUUAAUAAGAAUAAAGAAGAAAAGAAAGAAACUAUUAGUAAAAGUUGUGGGAGAUGAGAUAAUCACUGAAAGAAUCUAACUGUUUUUUAUAGAAAUGUGAAGUACCUACUACUCAUCUGUGAAUGAAAGUCCUAAGUGUAUAUCAUUUAAAUAUAUUUACUGUACUGGUUAUUUUGAUUACAUGUUAUUAAGUUACUUAUGUUUUUAUUAUGUAUUCCUCAUUCAUUUUAAUAAAUAUUACCUUCUACUUUGGUUAAGACUGUUAAAAAUGUAAUUUAACUGUACUUGCAUAGCAGAGCUGAAAACAGGACAGAAUAGGCUGUGUGGGUGUAUAACUCAAUGGUUAGAAAGUAGUCAGGAUUCAGUAUAGCUUUAUUGGCCUAUUAUUCUUUUCUGAAAACUGUUUUUGUGCUAAAAACAGCCUAAUGCUUGUCAAAAAAUAAUCACUUGUCAAGUGUGAUUAUUUCGAUCUUAGAUUUACAGAAAGUAGUCUUAGAGAAGGUGCUCUUAGUAAGAAGAGGAAAUAGGCACUGAGUUUGUUUCUAAUUGUAUUUCUUUUAGGUCAUGAAAGCUAGAUGCAACUCCACUGAAGUGCAUAGAGUUACGUUACUAUAAAAUGAAUGUGAGAUCAGAAUCAACCUACCCAGAGCAUAAAGAGAAUGUUCAAGGUAUAGGUUUGUACAUCAGUGUGAUGUUUACAUUUUUUGUACAAAUAUGAUGUUUAUAAUGAUUUAAAAAUAUAGUUCCUGGGAGUUACUUAAUUCUUGUUACUGAAGUAAACACAUGGUAAGUCAUAAUUUCCAGAAAUACGUAUAUGUAAAGAAGAGCAAAUUCCACGCGUAGAUCAAGAAAUAAGAAAAGCUGCUUCAGAGGUAACACUACGCUUACAUUACAACUAAAGGUGUUUGGUUUUCUUUUUAUUUUUUUUAUUUUAAAACUAGCGUGAUAUAUUGGCUAAGUCCCCGUCACUCUCUAAAGUAUCUCUCAUCUUGUGCAAAUCUUUUAUAACAGGUUUUUUAAAAGAAAAGGCAAAAAAAAAAAAAAAAGUAAUUAGUUUCCUAAUAUUCUCAGAAUUUCCAGCUGUGAAACAGAACAGGACAUUUCUCAUAUCUUCUUUAUUGCUAAAACAUCCUUGUUAUUAUAUCAACAUUUUCUUGUUAUGCUUAUGAAUCAGCUGUGAGAAGUGACACUGCCUUUUGUUAGCUAUGUUGUGCAUAUAUGAAAGGAUGUGAGGGACUCGGGUACUAUAGCAAGGGCCAAGGCAGCGAUGUAAGAAUAAUUCAUGAAUAGUUGUACUAAUCCACCUUUGUAUGUACACCAUGAAUUGCAUGCGAGAUUUCAGAAAAUAUAUGUUUUUUUAUGUGUCUGAUCUUUGCAAUCUCCCCAAGGAGACUAAGCUUUACUGUUAAAAGUGGAAAUAUUUAUGAAUUCUAAAGAUCUGAGGGGAUAAGUGAAAGUCAUGGAUUUUUAUAUAGGAAUUCUCUCAUAGUCCCAUUUCUGAUGCCUAAGUUGUUUUGCAGCUCUUUUAGUUUAAGAUUUAUUAAGUCUGAUUUGAAAAAUGUUCAUGWAAGUGAAAGGUGCACCAAGCUCUUGAAUCUUUUCAUAUGAAAUGAGUGCCAUGGACUUACAGUGGAAUAACUUUAUGAAUUGAAAAACUGCAGUUCUCACAGGGGAAAUCUGUAAACAUCAUCUACUGCUGAAGAAAGUAGUGUCACUUCAACACAUGGAAUUAAUUUCAUGGAAAUAUCAUGAACUGCUGUUUUCAGUUCCAGUUUGACACCUUCCGGUUGUGGUUCAGCGUUUCCAUUGCGUGGAACCUUUUUGUACAGAGCGGUUAUGAGGAAGGCAGUAAAAAUGCCUAAUUUUCCAUGCCUAAUCAUUACCAUUUCCUAUGGACUGACAGGGUUUCUUACUGUGAAGAUAACUUUUGUGACAGCAAUGUAGCAUGAUAUGCCCAGGAGUGGGGGAGAAGGACGCAGAGCUGAUUCUCCAGGUGCUUCUUAAGAGCAUUUGUAGGCUCUGCUUCAAGKUUAAAGCAAAAGAGGAAGCCAAAAUACAGCUUAGAGCCCCAUGUUUUCAUAUMUUUGAGUUACCCUAUAUUAAAGUCAUUCUAUACUAAAGAAAUAUCAUGUGCAUUCAUUUUUGUAUUAGUAGCAAUUAGACAAUGUUUUGAAGAAUCUCUUACAUCAUUGAUGUGAUAGAAAAAAGCCAUGUGCCACUCCUAUUUCAACUGACUUAAAACAUAUAUAUUAUGAAGUGAUUCACCUUUUAGGCUUACUACACAGUGAAAAAUAGAGUGAAGACUGGAAUCAACUGUUGACGUCUUGAACGUUUCUCAUUUUCUUUUAACUAUGUAAGAGUAUAAGGCUGUUUGCAUCUGCAGUAGGA